AUGGGCUGCUCGAGUUCAACGAGUGGGCGGACAAAGAAUAGCAUGGAUGGUAGUCUAAAGGACAGUGAACUGAGGGCGACCGACAGUACCAGCGGCACGGGCCAAGCAACUGAGUCUGCUGGUGCUACUAAUACUCCACCGGCUACUGCUACUACUCCUGAAGCUGCAAUCGUGUCGAGCAACUCACACAACACCUCCGCCACCCCUGCGCGGGAUAGUGUUGGUCGCCGCAGCGGUGGUGCGGGCGCCGCCGCCGCUGCAGCCUUUGAGCAGGUCGCGUCUGAGGAACGGAGGAGCAACGCGGGUGCCAACACACCGGCGGCGGUGCCACCAACUCCCAUGUCUUUGCUGGACACCCCUCUAAUGGCGAAUCGGCAGGCUGAGAGACGCCCGUUGUACCGAUCCUCUGGCUCCGCAAGAGUGACACCUCUGCAUGCUGUUGAGGUGCGUGACUUUCGGCCGUCGACCACGCCGCUAGAAACACCACUUCGAUCACAGGAGCGUGGUCGAACAAGGCGCGGCCCUGCCUCACCGCUGCCGGCUCUACACGCCAUUGAGGCGCGCAACUCCCGACGAUCACCCACCCCAGUGAAACCGGUUCUGCAGGCCUUUGAGGAGCGUGAGACGUGGCGUUCGCCGAUACGGCCACCGGAGACUCUCUACGCUAUCGAGUGCUGCGAAACGAGAAAGCUCCCCACCCCACGACCGGUGCCGCUUCGCGCCACGGAGUUUCGCAACACGGUGCGGCCUUCUGCACAAUGGCCUUCGACUCUGUCUGAUUCUGCUGCUCCUAUCGUGACCGUUAGCAGUGAAUCUGAAGCGGCCGCGUUGGUCUCCCGCACAGAAUCGUCGAGGACGACAUCAUUACAGGCAGUCUCAUCGAUGCAGCCCUCUACAGCCUCAGGUGGCGUGUCAACGAAAGGAAACGGCAACCCGCCAUCAAUACUAAAGAAGAGCUCAUCGUACUCCCCGCGUAGGGACUCCAUUGUUGCGGUGGAAACGCAUCCAGGGCGUUCUGAUUUGCCCGAGAAAACGCCUUUAUCAGCGGUGAGUGGGACAGGAGUAAGGGGAGCAGUGGAAGACUCGGAAGGGUGGCCUGUAUACGAAUCCCACGCCGCUCGGAUGGCUCAUAGCAUGCCAUUCCCGAGUGCACUGCCAUACAGGGAAGACGCAAUGCUGGAGCCUGUGAGGCCGAGGUCCAAGAUGGAUCCACUGGCGGAUUCGGGUGGGUUGAUGCCUCUAGAUAUGCGUGGAGCAGAGUUAGGACCAAACUAUGAUAGAAACAAGAGGAAUGACGAGGGGCGACUAAAAGAACAACAACGCGCGAUGAUGGCGUCUGAAGCCGCUGAUUGGCAGAUGACGCAUUCGUCAAUAGAAGAAAGCACGGGGUGGGAUGUAUUACGUCACAUUCGCUUCGUGCUGCAGAUGCGCAAUGUGAUGGCUUCGUAA